AUGGGUGAAGAGCCGGCAAAAGUCAUCACACUUUCAGGCAAGACGAUGGGGACCACCUACAACAUUACGGCGGUAGGUGUACCCGAUGAUCUUGAAGAGGUGGCUCUGUCCGGCGACGUGGAGGCAGUCCUUGCGGAUGUCAACGCCAAGAUGUCGAACUGGGACAAAAACUCCGAGGUGUCACGGUUCAAUGUUUCUGAAGAAACGGCACCGGUUGAAAUUUCAGCGGAUUUCGUAACCGUGAUGACGGCCGCGAACGAAGUUCACAAGCUCAGUGACGGCAAAUUCGACGUUACUCUGGGACCACUGAUUGAACUCUGGGGUUUUGGUCCGCGCAAGCCUGACGACCCCGUGCCCUCGGACGAGGACAUCGAAGCGGCACUUGCAUUUGUUGGCCAGGCAGAAAAGCUCUCGCUUGAUCCGGAGGCUUCGGUGCUUUCCAAAUCCGCGCCUGAAGUCGGCAUCAAUCUUUCAGCCAUUGCAAAAGGCUUCGGUAUUGAUGCCGUUGCCGCGAAGCUCAAGGCGCUCGGUAUCGACAAUUACAUGGUCGAGAUCGGUGGCGAUCUUGUCGCAUCCGGACACAAUGACAAGGGAGCCGCCUGGAAAAUUGGCAUUGAAAAGCCUGAACCUGGAGAAAAGGCGGUCGAGCAAGUCGUCUCGCUUGAAGACAAGGGCCUGGCGACAUCGGGCGAUUAUCGCAAUUUUGUUGAGCACGAAGGUGUGCGCUACUCCCAUAUCAUCGAUCCGGUAACGGGAAAGCCGAUCACGCAUUGGACAACAUCCGUCAGCGUUGUUGCCGAUGAUGCCAUGAUGGCCGAUGCCUGGGCGACCGCAAUGCUGGUUCUGGGGUCCGAACGCGGUCUUGAAGCUGCGGAAGCCAACAACAGUGCCGUGUUUUUCAUUUCCCGUGAUGAAACCGCAGACAAAAGCGCAUAUGUUACUCAGGCGAGCAGCGCCUUCGAGGCAUUGCUCAAAGAGAAGUAA